CAAACUUCCACUUCCCCCCAAGUUUUCUUGCAAUAAAUAAACCCUAAAAAAACCCCAAUCCCACAAUCCCUCCAACCCCAAACCCUAGAAUUUUCAAUUUUCCCAAAUCCUUUCCAAACCAAAAAUGUUCAACAAAAACAACCCCACAUUCCUCCACUUCCCUCAUCCCUCCUCCUCCUCCGCCGGCCCGGACUUCUUCUCCGGCCACCACAACCACCCGGAAUUCUUCUCCGGCCACCACCACCACCCGGAGUUCUUCUCCGGCCACCACUACCACCACCACCACCACCCGGACCCCACCAUCCCGACCACUGGCCCUCCUCCGCCUCCACCAACCCGAAAACCGACCCCAAAAAAAGAUCGUCACAGCAAAAUAUACACAUCCCAGGGCCCACGUGACCGUCGGGUCCGACUCUCCAUCGGCAUCGCCCGGAAAUUCUUCGACCUCCAAGAAACGCUCGGUUUCGACAAGCCCAGCAAAACCCUCGAUUGGCUCCUCAACAAGUCAAAGUCCGCCAUCAAAGACCUCGUCGUCCGGUCAAACGACGAAAAGACCGUCAUUACCCCCUCUUCGGCACCCUCCGAACGCGAGGCUUCGUCGUGCGACGAUGGAGGGUGGCCGGCCAAGGGCAAAUCGGGAAAUAACAAAAAUAAGGAGGCUCUGGAUUUAGCCAAGGAGUCGAGGGCCAGGGCCAGGGCCAGGGCUCGGGAGAGGACUCGCGAGAAAAUGUGCAUCAAACAAAUAUGCGGUGGGGACGUCAACACGCUUAACAUGAACAUGAAUUUUCAACAGAAUUUCGGUUUUCCCGCCGAGAAUUGGGAUGUUUGCGGACAACUCGGCUCGACUCAGCCCAGUACUCUACUGUGUGCCGUUUUGGACCAGCACAAGUUCAUGAACAGCUCUUCGAACAUGUGAGGAGCUUAUAAUGGACUGUUGUGACAUGUAAGUUCUGCUACCUUUUGUUUAAUUAAACGGCGUUGAUAGAUAAUUGGAAAAUCGAUCGAGGGGUUUGUAAUGCUUUUUGUGCUGAAUUUGAUUAACGUCGUUAAUUAUGUCGUGUAUGAACUGUUGUUUAGUUGAAGGGUGAUUAAUUAGGUUUAAUUAAGUAUCUGUAUGUGUUAAUUGUGGUCUGUUUUGCUUCUG